CUUCUCUCAGUUUCCUUCCUCAGCUUUAGGGUUUCUCUUCGUUUCGGCUCAGUCCCAGAAUCAAGAUCACAAGGCGUCGAUAUGCCGUCCCACAAGUCGUUCAUGAUCAAGAAGAAGCUGGGGAAGAAAAUGAGGCAGAACAGGCCAAUUCCUCACUGGAUUCGUCUCCGCACUGACAAUACCAUCAGGUACAACGCUAAGCGUAGGCACUGGCGCAGAACCAAGCUUGGAUUCUAAGAGGUCUACUUUUGGCUUGUUUGUGUAAGCUUUGUUCUUUCAAAGACUUGUUUCAAACUUGUAGUGUUUCUUCUCAGUUUUGGUUGUGACGAUUACAUUGACACAUUUGUGUAAGACGAUUUUAAUCAUUUAUCUUCAAAUUUCCGUCCAAGAGUACUUAA